AUGGCCGACGCGCUGUCCAUCGAACAGAACAACAAAAUCCGGGUGGCACUGGGGUUGAAACCCCUCCCCGUGCCCGGCGUCGACGCCACCUCCGGGCUCGCCUUCAAAGAAUCCGACGACGAGGAUUCGAGCUCGGGAUCCGAAGAUGAAGAGCCGGGAAGUACCUUGGAAUCACGUGAGGCGCAGGCUUCCUCCAACUGGAUGAAGAUGCAAGAUGAAGCCGAAGCAAAACGGAAACGAGAGGAGAGAAAUGCCGCUAUCAAGAAAGCGCGUGACAAGGCACAGAGGGAUAUGAAGCUCCAGGGUACGACCUUAGGCGAAUCAGCAGAUAUGGAGGUGGAUACAAAGACCUGGUUACUGCAGUCAAAGAAGCGACAGAAGAAGAUUGAGAAGGAGCGUGCGCGCAAACUCGCCCAAGAGCUUGAGGAACGCGAACGUGCCGCUGAAUACACGGCAGCCGAUUUGGCUGGUAUCAAGGUCGGACAUGAGGUGGGAGACUUUGAGGACGGAGCGGAACAUAUUCUCACGUUGAAGGAUACAACAGUUGACGAGAAUGAAGAGGAUGGAGAUGAGCUGGAGAAUAUCGAUCUGAGGGAGAAGGAUAAGACCACGGAGAAGCUUGAGCUGAAGAAGCGCAAACCCGUCUACGAUCCCACCGAAGAGAAUUCCGGGAUACUAGCACAAUAUGAUGAAGAAAUCGACGGCAAGAAACGGAAGCGAUUCACACUCGAUGCUCAAGGAUCCACAGCAGAGGAGCGAGAGGCUAGGCGCCAGGAAGUGUCGAACAAGUUGAAGAAAAACAUCAUCAGUCUUAACUUUGCGGCGGAAACGCCGACGUCGGAUUACAUGGAUGUGAGCGAGAUCAAGGUCAAAAAACCUAAGAAGAAGAAAGCCAAGGCCACCAAGCAACGAGCCGUUCUUGAUGAAGAUGAUAUCUUCCCGUCGUCUGAGGCGACGGGGACGCCGAAUGGUUCUGCUAUGGAUGUCGACACAAGCAAUGGGCAAUCGGUCUCUGCACCUGCUCCCCGGAAGCCAGCCAGUGAAAAUGUCUCGUUUGUGGAUGACGACGAUCUACAAGCAUCUCUUACGCGUCAGAGGCGUGCUGCAUUGAAAAAAAGACAGAAAAUGAGGCCCGAGGAUCUUGCCAGACAAUUUCGGGAAGAAGAGUCACAGACCCCGAUGGAGGUGGAACCGUCCGGGGAAAACGAGGAGGAGCCUGGUUUGGUCAUUGACGAAACCUCGGAGUUUGUUUCCAAUCUACAGAAGCCCACGAUCCCCGAACGGCGGGAACGGAGCACCGCAACAACACCGGGAGCCGAGCCACGCGCGACUACGGAAGAAUCUGCGGUAAAGGAGGAGCCUGAGGAUGACGUGGGUGACGUGGAUAUGGAGAGGUCAUACAAUGAUAUUGAAGACGACGAGGAUCUCCAAGAACGUAUCAAGCGUGAAGAGUCGCAGCCGAAUCAACCGAUUAGCGGGACAGGACUGGAAGAAGAAGCUACGCUCGAUGAAGGUCUGGGGGCUACAUUGUCUAUGCUCAAGCAACGUGGCCUGGUCAAAUCGACGGACGCCGCUGACCACACCUCCCUGAUCCGUGAUCGGGAGCGGUUCCUGCAAGAGAAGAUGCGCCUGGAAACGGAGGCCGAAAAGCGAGCGCGCCAGCAACGUGAGCGGGAUCGUGCCUCAGGCAAGCUCGAUCGGAUGUCGGCUCGUGAACGAGAAGAACACGCCCGAUGGGAGAACAAGCAGCGUGACCAGCAAGAUGCGCGACACAUGGCCGAAGUUUUCAACCGGGAGUACAAGCCGGACGUGCAGCUCAAGUAUGUGGACGAGCAUGGCCGUGCGAUGAGCCAGAAGGAGGCGUUCAAGCAUCUGAGCCACCAGUUCCACGGAAAGGGCAGUGGCAAGAUGAAGACAGAGAAGCGACUGAAGAAGAUCGAGGAAGAGCAGAAGCGCGAGGCGAUGAGUGCGUUGGACAGCAGCCAGCACACGGGUAUGAACAAUGCCAUGGGGGCGACGGCGCGGAAGAACCGUCAGGCUGGUGUUCGACUGGGAUAG